UCCGCGCACGGCUACAGCGACGAAAGCGGGCUCGGUCUCAAAAGCAGGCGCAGCCCGCCGUCGCUUCCUCUUUUGCGCACUCGAGCAUCAUCACCACACAUUACCAAGCAUUUUAGACGUCAACGUCUACUUCGAUUAGGAUCCCAUACUCUGGAUCCUUCUGGCACCCUCUAGUAACUUCUCGACUCGAAACCCAAUGUGCAGUAGACAGAGCCGGAUUUCCCUUUCUCUCCCCUCCGUCGCUGCUUCCACAUCCACAUCCGCCCGCUCCCAACGCCCGCGAAGACCCUCGUUCGGUUUGCAUAUUCCAAGGUGAAGCAGGCACCGGCCUGGGCUCCUUCCCCAUCGAACCGUAUACGCACCUAAACAACAACCACCCACACACGCACUGCGACAUCCACCAAAAUGUACGCACCACAGUAUCCGACUCCUCCCCCGGGCUACAUGCCCUACGACCAUUUCCGCACCACGCCGCCAAUGUCUCCCGGUCCCGGCACCAGCUACUACUCCCCACGACACGCGCCCCAGAUGGCUACCCCACGAGCGAGCCCCAAGGUUCAGGCCCACUCUCGACGGGCUUCGCACGCCGUGCCGCCACAGUACCAGAGCUCCUACGCUCCCUCACCUCGCGGAGGGGCCAUGCCUCAGUAUGGCGCUGCAGACCCGCGCACAUACGCGACGCCGAGAGGCACCCCUGAAUAUGUAAGUUAUUUCGGUUACAAUAUUCCAACAAGUCGGCAUCGCCGCGACACAGACGUCCCGCCUCUCAAGCGCAGCAAUCGCGAGAGGAAGCGUCGUCCGUCGCAGUCGGCACGUCACGUCUACACCAAAGUUGUCUACGACGACCGAGGCUACGGCUACGAAUGCGACUACGACAUUCACGACUACCCACCACCGCCAUACGAGCAGUAUGCGCGCCACGACAUGUACGGGAGGGAUGCUGAUCACUAUUACUAUGAUCAGGUCCCUAUUUAUGAGCCAGAGCCUAAGCCAAGCCGUCAACGACGCGCCUCUGCAGCCUCCACACGACAGCCAGCUGCCUCACCGAAGAAGCCUGCGCCAGCAGCCAAGUCCGCCCCCAAGGCCACCGAAGAAGAUGCGCGCCGCGCUGGUAUCCCCGCCGGCUACUCGUACAAGAACUGGGAUCCCACUGAGGAGCCCAUUAUGCUUUUAGGUUCCGUUUUCGAUGCCAACUCCCUUGGCAAAUGGAUCUACGACUGGACCGUCUUCCACUAUGGCCCCGCAACCCCACUCGCCGAGAUGGCAGGUGAGCUUUGGCUCCUGCUCAUCCAACUCGCCGGCAAAGUCAAGAGGGCUGACGAGACCAUGCCCAAGAUCCGCAAGAAGGAGAACCACGAAAUGGUCGAAGACUUCCUAGAGAGUGGCGAACGCCUGUGGGUCCGCUUCGCCAAGCUCCUCAAGGUGUGCGAAGACUACAUGUGGAAGGCCGCUAAGAAGGAGAGCGGCAAAGAGAAGCCUGUUUCCAUGGGCAAGAACAGCGGCAAGGAGUUUGUCGAAUCCAUCUUCGGUCGCGACCGAGAACUUGAGAAGACCGAGAAGCUCAUGACUGGAAUGCGUCUCUGGUCUAUGCGCUUCGAUGCCAACUGCGAGGACAUCCUUCGAUACCCAUCUGCUUAGGAUCUCCUACCUUUCACACCUAGACGCUUUGGCGCUGGCGUUCUCUGUCUCGGUAUACCCUUUUCCAUUCCCGUCAUUGCUUUGCGCAUUAUUUGAUGUUACCGCGAGAUACCCUUUCUUGCAUUUCGUAAUUGUUAAUCCUGCUGCACUUUCUUUGCUUUGCACGUUUACAAUGUACAACACUGGGUUUUCUCACGCAUCGGGCGGGUCACAGGAAAAAGUCUGCUUUCUACUAUGAUAUCCCCCUUCUUACUUCUAUUGUUUUUCUAGCCAACUAUUGUUACUUUGCUGUUUGGAAUGGUUACGCAUGGUGUUCAGGUUGUCAUUUUUUGGGGUACUGGGAUACCACUACACUUUGUCUUCUGGGUUGGUCCACUAGAUUUGGGAGAUUUCUACGGAUAUCUCAUCAGAAAGAUCGGUACCUCACG